UUCGAAAAAAACCAGAACUUUUUAAGGUUCUCAAGUUUCUAACUAUGGCGGACAACUUCAUCCAUUAUUCAACAUCGACAAAAACGGAUAGAAAGACCAUAGAGAUGAAGGCCCUUUUCUCCACACUCCAUUCUCUUGUCCCCAACCAAAUCUCAACGGAAGGUGAAACAACACUGCCCGUUCAGAUAGAAAACGCCACAAAUUACAUAAAACAAUUGAAGGAGAACGUGGAGAAAUUGAAAGAGAAGAGAGAGAAGUUAAUAGGAUCACGAGAAGGUGAAAUUAAAGCAAGAUUAUUGGUGCAAGUUGAAGCUCAUCAAGUGGGUUCUUCGUUGGAGGUUCUCUUGACUACUGGAUCUGAUUAUCUGUUGGUUUUAAAUCAAAUCCUUCAGCUGCUUCAAGAAAAUGGAACUCAGAUCAUCCAUAUCAAUCACUCAACGAUUAUAAAUCGAGUUUUUCACAAGAUAGUAGCUCAGAUGGUGGGAGAAGGGAUGAGCUCCGAAGGUGUUGAUGGAGAAAGGAUCUGUGAGACAGUGAAGAAGUUUGUUUCACAGUACAAAGAUGGCAAAUAGACGGUUUAAUGUUUGUCUAAAACAUUGACUGAUAUUGA